AUCUUGAGAAGAACCCGUUGGUGGAGCCCGUUCAAUAUCGUCCUGAGCUGGGAUCGGAUCUGAACAGACUCGCACAAGAUGCUAAUGAGAUGCUUGAGAAAGUCAUGCACCGUCUUGCUGACCGCGUGCGCCAACGUCGUAUCCAAAUGUUCCCGUUGUUUGAGGAUUACGACCGCAUACACAACGGGACAGUCUCGCGCACUCAGUUCCAUCGUGUCCUCAGCGAACUAGACAUUGGCAGUUUGGUUAGCAGUCGUGAGUUCACUGUACUGUACAAGAAAUUCGAUGUCCUCAUCGGUGGAAAACAUGAUUUCAACUACAUCACGUUCUGUGAUCUGGUUAACGAGUAUGCGCAGUUCGAACAUGGUAAACCGUAA